GCUACUUCCUACUCAUUCUUUGAUCUAUCUCCGUCCUAGGGCCCGCUGCCCACUAAACCCCUGUACUUCGCAUUCCGUUAGCUUUUGCAAACCGCCACUCCGCACCAUGUCUUCCACCGCCGUGCCUGAGAAGGCCCCCGAUGAUUCUUCCAAGCUGAAGACCUUUCUCUCCAUUUUGCGCAAAUUCGUGGGUGUGACAGACAUCGCUUCGGUUCGUUUUUCGUUGCCAGCUCAGCUCCUAGAGCCGCGACCGAAUCUGGAAUAUUGGAACUACCUGGACCGACCGGAGACCUUUGCGAGUAUUGGCACGUCGGAUGAUGAAUUAGGUCGCAUGCUGGAGGUGUUGAAGUUCUGGUUUACGAAAGACCUGAAAUACAUCAAGGGCAAGCCAUGCAAACCGUACAACUCGACCUUGGGAGAAUUUUUCCGAUGCAGCUGGGAUGUGCAAGAUAUUGCCCCUCUGGAAACCAAUCUCCCGGGGGUCGACGUAAAUGGCAAUGGCACUAUCGUGAAGGAUGGCAACGAGAAGGUCAAGGUGUGCUACUUGACUGAGCAGACAUCUCAUCACCCACCCGUCUCUGCCUUCUACAUCGACUGCCCUGAGCGGGGUGUCUCCGCACGAGGAUUUGACCAGCUCAGCGCCAAGUUCACCGGCACCAGUAUUAGAGUGAGCCCCGGUCAGCACAAUCUCGGUAUCUUUGUCAAUCUCGAAAAGAGAGACAAUGAGGAAUAUCAAUUAACGCAUCCUCAUGCACACUUGGGAGGCUUACUGCGAGGCGCUCUGUCGAUUACGGUGUCGGACGCAUGCUACAUCACUUGUCCUAAAACAGGCAUGAAAGCGAUUUUACAAUACCUGGAGGAAGGAUGGCUUGGCCGCUCGCAAAACCGGAUGGAGGGCGUGGUUUUCCGUUACAACCCUGAGAAGGAUAACAUCACAAGGUUGAAGGAUGUAGUGGAGAGUGAUAUUAUCGCGCGAAUCAGCGGGUCCUGGCACGGCAAAAUAUAUUACACCCCGGCGGGUUCCAAAGAGCCCAUUUUGCUCAUCGACAUUGAGCCUCUCUACCCGGCUUCGAAAGACCUGCCUCCGGACGAACAACAGCUAUCCAAUGAAUCCUUGAAGUUCUGGGGCGAAGUGACAGAUGCCAUUGUGGGUAAACAGUUCACUCAGGCGACCAAACUCAAGCAGGACAUCGAGGAACGCCAGCGCCAGCGAGCGGCGGAGCGCAAGGAACAAGAUGUCGAAUGGAGUCCGCGCUUCUUCACCGGUGCAGUUACUCCACUGGGCAAGCCUGAAUUGACCGAGGAAGGCCAGAAGGUUUUGCAGGGUAUUCGAGAUGGAAAAUACGCCUUGGAGGAAAGUACAGUACACGGUGCAUAGCUCUUGUUUAUUCAGUUCCCCAAAUUCUCAAGGAUCCACGGCUCUCUAUUGUUUUUGAUCGCAGAACUUGUGGCGUAUCUGGCAUGCGCGACCCUUUCUACUUUGGCGUAUAUCUCCUUCUGUUUCCCCCUUUCGCCGUCUCACAUACUUUAGAAUUCUUGCUCUUUAUAUGCCUUCACCUAGGGGCUGUACCUUGUCUCUCCUCCCUUUUUUCUUGUGGAUAGUCACUUGCGGCC